AGUAUAAAAUUCGCGGAUUAUUUUACAAAAGUUCCAAGCCUUUUCGAGUGAUAUCAGAAAUUUGAGUCUUAAGUAUUGUAUUUAAGUCCAACCGGAGUAAAAUGGUAUUCAAAUAUUCCCAAUUAUACAUCAAUGUGCAACGAAAUCACAAAAGACUUUUUUCUUCCACUGCAAACCGGCAGAGCCUAGCCAGUAAUCUAUUCACCGAAGAGCAGAAGCGGCAAAGGGAAAAAGUUGGUCGAAUCGAAAAAAUUGAAAUUCGCUAUCUUGGAACACCAACAGACACCACUCUGGUAAUGAACCGAGGACUCUCAACGCCUUACGACUGUGCCAGACAUAUCGGGGAGAAGUACUGUCGUUUUAGUGCAUUAGCUCUGUUGGAUAACCAUACUCCUUGGGACAUGCGUCGGCCCCUCGAAGAUUCAUGCACACUUCAACUGCUGAAUUUCACUUCUCCCGAGCCGCAGAUUGCUAACAAAGUUUUCUGGAGAUCCUGUUCGUUUCUUCUGGGAGCGGUGCUACAAAAGAGCUUCAAACAGGAAGCCGGACUGUUUUUGCACAGUUUUCCGAAGCCAAACAUAAAAAGUGGUAGCUUUGUUCAUGACAUUGCGUUAUCCAAAGCGAAUUGGAAACCAUCAGUCGAAGAGCUCCGUGCUCUUUCCGUUGGCAUGAUAAAACUGGCCCAGCAAGAAUUGCCCAUCGAACGGCUGGAUGUGAGCAACGAAAUUGCUCUGGAGAUGUUCCGUGAAAACCCCUACAAGCGAGAGCAAAUUCCGAACAUUUCCGCUCAAAAUAAUGGACUGAUUACGGUUUACCGUGUCGGUGACCACGUUGAUAUCAGUAAAGGACCGAUGGUUAGUUCUUCUGGCCUGCUGGGGAAGUGUACGAUAGCAGCCGCCCACGAGGUUCCGCCGUCGGGUUCGAAUCAGCUUCCGUUGUACCGAAUCCAGGGAGUGGCACUACCGGUAGGGUUAAAUAUUAAUCACUUUGCAUUCGGUAUUUUGGAAGACCGGGCGAAAAAGUUGAAUCCUGCCAGACUUCCGAAUGAACCGUAUGAGGACACUGUAUCCGAGCAAGUAGCAUAAGGUUUCAACUAUUUUAUGAAAUGUCUAUGAAUUUGUAGAUAAUAGAAUCGUAGACUGUUU